GCCGCGCUCCGUGCUCCGCCGAGGCAGGAGCAUCCCGCUGCGGCGGGAGCCCCCGGCCGCCGCCCCCGGCCCCGCUGAGCCCCGAGGGGCCGCCGCCGAGCAGGGCGAAGGCGCAGCCGGCGGCACCAUGAUCUCCCCCAAGGAGAAGGCCAAGGCGCCCAAGGACAGCAUGACUCUCCUGCCCUGCUUCUACUUUGUGGAGCUGCCCAUCGUGGCCUCCUCCAUCAUCACGCUGUAUUUCCUGGAGCUGACGGACCUCUUCAAGCCGGCCAAGGUGGGCUUCCAGUGCUACGACCGGGCGCUCUCCAUGCCCUACGUGGAGACCAACGAGGAGCUCAUCCCACUGCUCAUGCUGCUCAGCCUGGCCUUCGCAGCGCCCGCGGCCUCGAUCAUGGUCGGCGAGGGCAUCGUCUACUGCCUGCAGUCCAGGCUGAAGGGCCGCGGCGGCGCCGAGGGCAGCAUCAACGCUGGCGGCUGCAACUUCAACUCCUUCCUGCGCAGGACCGUAAGGUUUGUGGGCGUCCACGUGUUCGGGCUCUGCGCCACGGCACUGGUGACCGACGUCAUCCAGCUGGCCACCGGCUACCACGCGCCCUUCUUCCUGACCGUCUGCAAGCCCAACUACACGCUGCUGGGCACCCCCUGCGAUGCCAACCCCUACGUCACCCAGGACAUCUGCUCGGGCCCCGACAAGCACGCCAUCCUCUCUGCCAGGAAGACUUUCCCCUCACAGCACGCAACGCUCUCCGCUUUCGCUGCCGUCUACGUCUCAAUGUAUUUCAAUUCCAUCAUCUCGGACAGCACCAAGCUGCUGAAGCCCAUCCUGGUCUUCGCCUUCGCCAUUGCUGCCGGCAUCUGUGGCCUCACGCAGAUCACGCAGUACCGCAGCCACCCCGUUGACGUCUACGUGGGCUUCCUCAUCGGCUCCGGCAUCGCCGCCUACCUGGCGUACCACGCCGUGGGCAACUUCCGCGCGCCGGCCGAGCGGGCCCCGGCCACGCCGCCCGCCAAGGACGCGCUGCGGGCGCUGACGCAGCGCGGCCACGACUCCGUCUACCAGCAGAACAAAUCGGUGAGCACCGACGAGCUCAACCCGCAGGGCCGGCUGGAGGGGGCGGCCCGGCCCGUGCCGCGCGAGAAGAACUCCCUGGGCAGCCUCAAGCGGGCCAGCGUGGACGUGGACCUGCUGGCGCCCCGCAGCCCCAUGGCCAAGGAGAACAUGGUGACCUUCAGCAACACCCUGCCCCGCGUCAACACGCCCUCCAUGGACGACCCGGCGCGGCGGCACAUGACCAUCCACGUCCCCGUGGACGCCUCCCGCUCCAAGCAGCUCAUCACCGAGUGGAAGCAGAAGUCGCUGGAGGGCCGGAGCAUGGCGCUGGCGGAGGAGGCCGGCACCCGCGGGGCCGCCGACGGCGUCCCGCCCUCCCUCUACCCGACGGUGCAGGCGCGGGGGGCCGAGCGGGCGCCGGCGGGGCCCCGCGUGCUGCUGCAGCCGCGGCCGGGGGCCUCGCCGCUGGUGCACAUCCCCGAGGAGAGCCAGGCGGGCGGCGCGGGGCCGCCGGGCGCCGGGGCGGCCGCCCGGGCCAAGUGGGCGGCGGCGGCGGAGAAGGCGGCGGCGGCGGCGGCGGCGGCUCCGCGGGCGGCCAACGCGCCCCCGCGCCUCGUGCAGGUCAUCGCCAUGUCCAAGCAGCCCGGCGCCGCCGCCCGGCACUCGGAGACCUCGUCGUCCUCGGCCAGCUCCGACUCCUCGCAGUACCGCUCGCCCUCGGAGCGCGACAGCGGCAGCAUCGUCACCAUCGACGCCCACGCGCCCCACCACCCCGUGGUGCACCUCUCGGCCGGCAACGGGCCCUGGGAGUGGAAGCUGGCGCCCCGGGAGGGCCCCGAAGCCCUGGAGCUGGGCGAGCUGCGCCGCGGCGCCCGCGCCGGCACCGGCCUCUCGCCCGGCUCCUCGCUCAGCGACGUGGAGCAGGACGAGCCGCGCUACGGCGGCGCGGCGGCAGGCGGCGGCGAGGCCGAGGGCGCCGCCAGCCGCGACUCCACGCUGCGGAGGAAGCCCGCCGGUGAGAAGGAGGGGCUCACGGACCACGAGGCGGACAGCUACUACCGGAAAAUGCACGCCGGGCGGAGAUUUAAGGAUUAACGCCCCCGGCAGCCCCGCGGGGCAGCAGCGCCGGGGCGGCGCAGCCAGAGCUGCCGGCCGGGGCCAGGCGCCUCCAGGCACUGCGACUCUGGGUUUUCCUUUCCCCCUUUUUUCUCUCUAACACUGGUGCUGACGUUUUA